UGGACGCCGCGCGGUUUAUCCCGUUGGAAAUUAACUCAGUAUGCCAAGGAAAGCGGUGUAAGGAAAAAAUAUUACAACUCGAUUUCAAACAGUAAUAUUUUCACUUCGACUUCAGGUUCCUUACUAAGUAGAAGCAACUGAAAUAAAAAAUCAUUGUUAGUUUUUCUAAGAUAGCGAAAAAUUAUAAAAAAUUACAAUAAUGGAGAAGCAUACGCAAUUCGAUGAAUUAAUGACGUGCCCGCUGAACAAGGCGCACAAAGUGCUCAGAGGACGGCUCGCCAAACACUUGGAUCGGUGCAUGCGUAACUGCCUGGAUAUAAAUAAGUUUAAGAUCUGUCCUUUUAAUAAGACUCAUCGCUAUAGUGUCGAAGACAUGGCUGCGCAUAUUAAAGAGUGUCCGGAUGCUUGCCUUAUUAAAACAUUUGGCUCGUUUACAAUGGAGUCUUCUGACAAGGCAGUGCCACGCCCAUUGCUGUGCAAAUCUGAUGAAAACUGGGACGAGGAACCGGACGUGCCUUCCUACGAUCCAAGUACUCAUUGCGAGGAAAACAACAUCAUUCGCACGAAUGGUCUUAAGGGACAGUCGAAGGCAGCUAGAGAAAAAUUUCGAGCCAGCGAGAGACGCCGCUUCGCUGAGAAGCAGUAAAGAAAGUCAACCAAAGAACUAGAAACAGCUUGUGCAUUCAUUUCAAUUAGUUAUCUCUUUUACAGUAUUGUGAUUGAUUGUUUACUUUCUGUUGAAUUUAAAUGCAUUCAAAUUCAAAUAAACCUGA